AUGUUGGAGAUGUUGGAAUACAGCAAUUACCAGGUACAAUCUAAUUUAGAAAAUGAAAACAAGCACCACUUCCAGCAGGCUCAUAGACAGCAAGUGAGGCAGUAUCUGUCAACUACUUUGGUAGGUAAAGCUGGGGGCCAAUGUGCCAUCCAGCCUUCAGAGCAUAGCUUACCACCAGGAUCCGAGGGCAGCAUGCCCAACAGCCCAAUGGCUUUGCUCACCCUCAGUUCUAAUUGUGAGAAAGAGAUGAAUGAUGUCAUUGAUGAUAUUAUUAGCUUGGAGUCAAGUUACAAUGACGACGUUCUUGGACUAAUGGAAUCAGGACUUCAAAUCAACAACCAGCUCCCAGUGUCCAGUAGUUUAAUAGAUGUGUACAACAAUCAAGGACUAACGCUGUCCAACCUGCCUACCAGCAGCUCCUGUGCAUCUGGCAUUAAAAGAGAAUUAACAGCUCCUGGCAUGAAGCAAGUGUUGAACAAGCCUGAAUCCUGUGGCCAGUAUGAAAGCUAUCAAAGGCCAGAGGAGUUUCCAGUAGAGACUGAGGUUAGAGCUCUUGCCAAAGAGAGACAAAAGAAAGACAACCACAACUUGAUUGAACGAAGGCGAAGGUUCAACAUUAAUGACCGCAUUAAGGAACUAGGAACCUUAAUACCAAAAUCCAAUGAUCCAGAUAUGCGCUGGAACAAGGGCACGAUUCUCAAAGCUUCAGUAGACUAUAUCAGAAAACUGCAACAGGAGCAACAGAGAACUAAGGAGCUGGAGUGCAGGCAUAAGAAGCUGGAGCAUGCAAACAGUCAUCUUAUGCUUCGAAUACAGGAACUUGAGAUCCAGGCACGGGCUCAUGGUUUGACAGUGGCAGCCGCCCCAUCUAUCUGCACAUCAGAGCUUUUGGCACGAGCCAUUAAACAGGAGCCUAUUCUUGGCGAAUGCCCACCAGAGAUAUACCAGCACUGCUCGGCUCCUGACAUGUCUCCUUCAACAACAAUGGACUUAAACAAUGGCAUCAUUACUUUUGACACCAUUCCUGCAGAACCUGGGGAUUCUAGCUCUUAUGGAAUCUCCAGAAUCUGUAAAAUGAAGGAGAUGGUAAGGGACAAAAGUUUUGGGCCACUUUCACCAAGUAAACCUUUGUUGUCUUCAAUACCACCAGAUGUUUCUAACAACAGCAGUAACCACUGUAGCUCCAAUGCAAGCAUGGAGGAAAAAGAGAAUGGCUGUUAA